UGAUAAAAUGAAAAUUAACAGAAUGUGUAAAGAUUGUAGUGCGGUCUCAAGUCGUGUGAAAGAACUGGUGAAGUGUUGGAGUAAUCACCAGAGAUGGGGUUAAUUGACUGAGGACAUGACAGCACCGUCAGGAAGUCAAAGAGGUGAUUGGAUCCGGAGUCUGAUAGCACUGGGGUGGAAACUGUACGCCAGGGUGUCUGCGUUUUCAAGGUCCUCCACCUUUCCCCGGCAUGGUAGUUGAGACAAAAAGGAAUGGUCGGGGUGACAGGCCUCCUUGUCAAUACUACUAGCCUUCCGGAAGCAGAGCGCCAUGAAGAUGGACUCGAUGCUACUGGACUCUGGGUGGUUUUGGGGAUAGUUCACAUUGUAUGAACACAUAUAACCAUAUAACAAUUACAGCACGGAAACAGGCCAUCUCGGCCCUUCUAGUCCAUGCUGAAUGCUUACUCUCACCUAGUCCCACCGACCUGCACUCAGCCCAUAACCCUUCAUUCCUUCCCUGUCCAUAUACCUAUCCAAUUUUACUUUAUAUGACAAUACCGAACCUGCCUCUACCACUUCUACUGGAAGCUCGUUCCACACAGCUACCACUCUCUAAGUAAAGAAAUUCCCCCUCAUGUUACCCUUAACCUUUUGCUCCCUAACUCUCAACUCAUGUCCUCUUGUUUGAAUCUCCCCUACUCUCAGUGGAAAAAGCCUAUCCACGUCAUCUCUAUGCCCCUCAUAAUUUUUAAUACCUCUAUCAAGUCCCCCCUCGACCUUCCACGCUCCAAAGAAUAAAGACCUAACUUGUUCAAUCUUUCCCUGUAACUUAGGUGCUGAAACCCAGGUAACAUUCUAGUAAAUCUCCUCUGUACUCUCUCUAUUUUGUUGACAUCUUUCCUAUAAUUCAGUGACCAGAACUGCAAAUUCGACCUUACCAAUGCCUUGUACAAUUUUAGCAUUACAUCCCAACUCCUAUACUCAGUGCUCUGAUUUAUAAAGGCCAGCAUACCAAAAGCUUUCUUCACCACCGUAGCCACAGGAGAUUCCACCUUCAGGGAACUAUGCAUCAUUAUUCCUAGAUCACUCUGUUCUACUGCAUUCUUCAAUGCCCUACCAUUUACCAUGUAUGUCCUAUUUCGAUUAUUCCUACCAAAAUGUAGCACCUCACACUUACCAGCAUUAAACUCCAUCUGCCAUCUUUCAGCCCACUCUUCUAACUGGCCUAAAUCUCUCUGUAAACUUUGAAAACCUAUUUCAUUAUCCACAACGCCAAUUACCUUAGUAUCAUCUGCAUACUUACUAAUCCAAUUUACCACCCCAUCAUCCAGAUCAUUAAUGUAUAUGACAAACAAGUCAUAUCAACAUCUGGAACAAGUCUCAGAACGAAUCCAUUUAGGGCAGAUAUAAAGAAAAUGCUCUUCUGUCAAAGGGUUUUGUAAUUAUCCACCCCAGCGAGCUGUGGAACUGAAGUCACUGAAUGGAUUCAAGGAUGAAAUAGAGGGAGUUUUGCAAGGGUUAUAGGGAAUGGGCUGAGGCCAAAUGUCAGCUCAGACAUGAGCUUAUUGAAUGGCAGAGCAGACUUUAGUUAAAUGGCCAACUUCUUCCCUUCCUAAGUUUCGACCAUCUGGUGAAGAGACUUCAGGCAAGAUGGCUGCGUGUUCAAUAACAGAGGCUUCUGCAGAGUCAACCAAAGAUGUUAUGGUCCUUUUUACAAUCACAAGACCCUGCAGGACAUUAAAAAGUACUGCAGGUUUAUUCCAUCAGUGAGUUGCUCGUUUGCAGAAAGGAGCUGGACUUGGUGCUGCUGUCUGCUUCAGGGAGAUGUCGGAGACAUCGGGCACAAAGGAGGUGCACAGUCUGACAGCAGGCGAUCAUCCUCGUCAUUUUUCCUGUGAUCAUAACACACGCCCUGGGACAUUGUUAAUACGGAAUACUGCAAGUCUGAUUCACAGAUUUAUUGGUGGAUGGUGGGGGAGCUGCGCGGUCUCGGUCGUGGCGAAGACUAGGCCUCAGGCCAUGGUGUUGUCUGCUUACAGCCGCCCAGGAGAGAGGAGUUGAAGUGGGUUGGUCAGUCCGGAGGUGUUGUGGCAUGGUGUCCAAGCUGGAACUGGUGCUGCCCCCUAGUGUUCACCUGGCAGAAAACAGUAUUGUGCUCGAUGGCCGAUUUCUACAACAUUCAAGAAGGAUUCAGGCUCUUGGACAAUACUUCUUUAUGCGUCUGUAUUUUCCUGAUAUCUUACGCGUGCUUCGUGCAGUGUGUGAUUGUUAGUACUGCAUGUUGCACCUUGGCCCCGGAGUAACGCUGGUUCAUUUGGCUGUGCUUAUGGGCAUUUGUGUACGGUUGAACUUGAACUUUGAGCUAAGGCGACACACAGAAAAUGCUGGAGGAACUCAGCAGCUUCUUCGAAAGCAAAUGAUUGACAUGAUGAUCUCACUGGAAUCGAUCAACUGGAAGUACAGGCACCUGGCCAGGGAGCCCAGGGUGGAAGUGGCCCAGGAGCUGAAGGAGAUGUUGCACAGUGGUAACCAGAGAUGGGACAUCCUCCAGAGGAGAGUUGGCAGCAUCUGCAAGAGGCUCAAGUAUUUUGUCAGCCAGAGGGAAGAAUUUGAAAGCCAGCUAGGUCAUCUGUGGCAGCAAUCCAUGGAUUUGGAUAUCAGACUGACCCAUCUGGAAUAUUUCUCCACAGAAGGAGCAGCCGGAAAGAUCAAACAACUGCAGGGGCUCCAGCAGAAGAUCACUGGCAUCACGGCAAAGACCGUUGAGCUGCUGUCCGUGGUGGAGACGCUGCUCCAGAAGAGCGAGUCCCCGGACACCGUGACCAUUGAAGCCGAGGUCUGGGAUCUCCUCCAGUUCCAGCAGGAGCUGUUCGCAAGAAUAGCUCAGUUCCACAAGAAACUGCUGUGCAGUGACCUCGGAUUUGAAUAUUUACCCAACAAAGAAGGCCGCAAGGCUGGCUACCCCCGUGACAUGAAGGUGGAGGGGUGGCAGGCCAGUGAAUACAGGAGUACCCCACCACACAAGGAGGACCUAAAUGACGUUGACUCCGGCCGAUCUAGCCCGAGCAGUUUGGACUCGUUACCCCUAGAGUGGGAUUCCUUUGUCGAUAUUGGAGAGGACAUCGAUUCCUGUCACGGCAAGCUGCCAGACAUGCUGACCAGCCUGGUGGGGAAGAGGAGAAGGAAGAGUCAGAAGAACUGGCAAUGGGCGAAGAUUGACUCCAGCACGCCACAGAGGGUGGCCGUGGGACGUCAGGAUGCCUCUGAAGCUAUCAGCGUGUUGGGUGAACAAGGACCCCGCGGUGUACAGACACAGACACACGGCGGUGGGCAUUGGCAGGAUGCUAUUGAUCUUGGAAGAACCACAGAGACCAGAAGGAUGAGAAAGGUGAACAGGCACUGUCAAGAGGGACAAAGUUUGAGCUGUAAACCGUCAAGAGAUCAGGAAAGUCGAGACCAGUCAGAUGCGAUACAGGACCGAGGUCUGGGGUUGUGCUCUCGUCCAAGAGUCAAAGAUGGGGAGCGUCGGCUGAUGGAGACUAAACAGAAGCAAGACCAGAGAGGAAUAUCUCUGCCAGGGGGGGUGUCAAGAGGUGGCAGCAAACUACAUCUACAAUCUGGAGCUUCCAAGAAGAAACAUGGAUCCCGUAGCUGCUUUCUUCCUCUGUGCAAUCUGCUCAUUAUCCUCGUUCUCUUUCUGCUCCUUGCCGUGAUGGCUGCCUUCUUCCUGCUCCUCUGCAUAAUGCAAGAAUUCAACUGGCACCACAAAAGCAACUUCCUGCCUUUUCACCUCACGUUGACCUACACUAAUGGCCCGCCAUCAAUGUAGUCAGAGCACUUGCAAGCUCGGCUGUCAGGCCUUUGGACUGCACAGAGUCUAGGGCGAGUGAAGAACCCCCAUUACUGUCAAACAUGGCCGCUGUGCCAGGAUAUGGACACUCGCUGGGUGCAUGUCUGUUUAGCCUCCCUAGGUAAUGGGAUUUGGGGUCAUGGGCACCUGUUUCCCAAGACACGGGCUCCUGUCUCCACUGAGGGUGCUAUCUGAUUCCAGUGACAUAGGUUCUGCUCAGUAGGGUCUAGUAGGCCUCGAUUUUGAGGGCCAAUGCACAGGGAGACCACUGUGAGAUGCAACUGUGUCUGGGCAAUGGAUAUUAAGAGCCCAAUGUAUGAAAGCAAUGUGUGGAAAUGUGAGACUGCUGCAAUGGUAGCAAGUGUGUGUGAAACCCAAGUACAACACUUGGUGGUGGGAACAGUAUGUGGUUUAUGUACAGGGUCAGGGAUUGAGCUCAAAAGAAGGGUAGCCACUGGACCAGUGAUUGCAAGCAAUAGGUGAACAAAACUCAGCAAAUCAAACAAUAAAAUAAUAAUAAUUAUAUUUCCCUGCUUUAAGCUCGAUACUGUAUUUAGGAGGGAUGAAUAAUGGCUGGGUAUGAGUUUAAUCACAAAAGUAAGAAUUUUAAUCACAUAGACUAUCCAGUAGCUGUCAGUAUCCUGGUGUUAAAUUGCAGGAAAUGUCAUUGUAAAUAACUUUGUCUGGAUUUAUGUAUUCCUGUCAGUGUAGGAGUAGAUUAAAAAGGAUAUAAAGCCAUUUUAUUGUACAAAAUUCUUUGGGCUUGUUUGGGGAAAUUUGGGCAAAUUAUGCUGAUGAAAACAAUCACUGCCAGAACUCCAGGCCAAGUUUAGCCCCCCAAGUAAUGGGGAUAGGGAUAUGGACAGCUAUUUCCCAAGACGUGGGCUCCUCCCUCCACUGAGGAUGCUAUCUGAUUCCAAUGACGAGGCUCUGCUCUAUAGGGUCUGGAUAUUAGGUAUUCGGCGGCCACUAAUUUAAGUACGUACCACUUGUACACCUGCCCAUUAAUGCAAAUAUCUAAUCAACCAAUCACGUGGCAGCAACAUAAUGCAUUAAAGCAUGCAGACAUGGUCAGGAGGUUCAGUUGUUGUUCAGACCAAACAUCAGAAUGGGAAAGAAGUAUAAUCAAGUCAAGUCAAGUCACUGUAUAUUGUCAUUUCGACCAUGACUGCUGGUACAGUACACACUAAAAAUGAGACAUUUUUCAGGACCAUGGUGUUACAUGUCAGUACAAAAACUACACUGAACUACAUAAAAAAAACUACACUAGACUACAGACCUACCCAGGACUGCAUCAAGUGCACAAAACUGUGCAGGUAUUACAAUAAAUAAUAAACAAUAGGCACAAUAGAGGGCAGUAAGUUGGUACCAGUCCAGGCUUUGGGUAUUGAGGAGUCUGAUAGCUUGGGGGAAGAAACUGUUAUACAGUCUGGUCGUGAGAGCCCGAAUGCUUCAGUGCCUUUUCCCAGAUGGCAGAAGGGGGAAGAGUUUGUAUAAAGGGUGCGUGGGGUCCUUCAUAAUGCUGUUUGCUUUGCGGAUGCAGCGUGUAGUGAAAAUGUCCCCGAUUAUCUUCUCAGCUGACCUCACUAUCUGCUGCAGGGUCCUGCAAUCCCAGAUGGUGCGAUUUCCAAACCAGGCAGUGAUGCAGCUGCUCGGGAUGCUCUCAAUACAGCCACUGUAGAAUGUGAUGAGGAUGUGGGGGGGGGGGGGGGGUGGGAGAUGUACUUCCGUCAGCCUUCGCAGAAGGUAGAGAUCUAAGUGACUUUGACUGUGGAAUGAUUGCUGGUGCCAGAUGGGGUUGUUUGAGUAUCUCAGAAAAUGCGGCUCUCCUGGGAUUUUCACGCACAACGGUCUCAAGGAUUUAAAGAAUGGUACAAAAAACAAAAGAAACACCCACUGAGCAGCAGUUCUGUGGCCAAAAAAUGUCUUGCUAAUGAGAGAGGUCAGGGGAGAAUGGCCAUACUGGUUCAAGCUGACAGGAAGGCCACAGAAACUCAAAUGACCACACUUCACAAGAGAGGUGUUGCAAAGACUAUCUCUGAAUGCACAACAUAACAAACCUUGAGGUGAAGUGGAUGGGCUAUGUAGCAGAAGACCAAGAACACUCAGUGGCUACUUUAUUGGGUAAAGGUAAAUAAUAAAAUAAUAAUUUAAUAAUAAUAAUAUAAUAAAUAAUAAAAUAAAUAAUAAAGGUAAAUAAUCAGUUAUGAAACAAAUGCACCAACAACUUGUAUUCAUGGUAGAUCUGACUGCAUCAAAAGUUGUUCGGGAGAACCCUGGAGGUCUUAGUUCUUAACUUGUUUCAUUGGAAUGGAUUAGGGGGAUGCAGACAGAUGGAAUAGACUGUGGGGGCUGUUUGUCACAUACAUUUUGUUCCUGGGUAUUAGUUAACAAAAAAGUUUAGAGAUAAAGAAAAUGGGAGAGGCAAAGAGGGUGUCGGAGAGAAAAUUGGGAGCAAAAAGUAAAUCCAAAAAUAUCAGACAGGAAAGAGGAGGAGUGUCGAUUAUUAGAAAUAAAAGCCAGAAUGUAUUCAUAGAGGCAGAAAGUAUGGCUGGGAUAAUAAAAGUGUUUUACUUCACUAAGGAGAAGGAUGCUGCUGCCUUGUUUCCAAGAUGGUGCUAGGAAAUCAAGGUGACAUGUUGCAACUGUUUACAAAACACAUAAAUAUACAUCUUCAGAAUUAUGCUCACUUUAAUCUGCAGCCUGUAAUUUCCCUUCAAGCAAUGUACCUUUGAACCGUCUUUAUGAACUAGCAAUUUCACAAUCUUCUGAAUGACUCAGCAGACUUAACUCUAGAGCAUGCAGGUACAGUACCUUUAUGCAGAUGAAGUACAUUGCCUCAGCUGAAAGAAAGGGAGGAAGGAAGAACUUCAAGCUAUACUGAAAUGUUGAGGAAUGAAACUCCCUCUACCCAGCCUUUUGUUGGGAGAAUAAGAUUGACGAUCUAAGAGCAAAAUUGGUGAUUUGGCAUGAAAUGAGGAAUUGCUGUGUUCUGUGUUUCAUGGAGACAUGGCUCACUCCAGACAUGCUGGAUACUGAUCUGAGAGCUUCUCAACACACCAGAUAGACUGGACUGCUAAUUAGGAGGAGACAUAAAUUUGGGGGGGGGGGGGGUUGUGCUUCAUAAUAAAUACAUUCUGGUGCUUGGACCCAAUAGUUUUGUCACACUUUUCUUCCCCUGACCUGCAACAUCUGAUGAUUAACAUGAGAGCUCUCCUCUGUGACCCUGACUACAGUUUACAUACUGCCAAAAGCAGAUGAUAUUCUAUGUAAUGAAUGCCAUGAUUAGCAAAGAGGAGUCAAUCUACCCCAGUGCCUUUCAGAUCCUAGUUGUGGAUUUCAAUCAGGCUUGUUUGAAGAAAUCUCUGCCCAUUUAUCAUCAACGUAUCACCGUAAGACCAUGACAUAGGAGCAAAAUUAAGCCAUCUGGCCCAUCUAGUCUCCUCUGCCAUUCAAUAAUGGCUGAUCUUUUAUUUCUGUCUCCUCCUCAACCCCAGUUCCUGGUCUUCUCCCCAUAACCUUUGAUGCCAUGUCCAAUCAAGAACCUAUUAAACUCUGCCUUAAAUACACCCAAAAACCUGGCCUCCACAGCUACAUGUGGCAACAAUUUCCACAAAUUCACCACCCUUUGGCUAAAGAAAUUUCUCCGCAUCUCUGUUUUGAAAGGGCACCCUUCUAUCCUGAGGCUGUGCCCUCUUGUCCUAGACUCUCCCACCAUGAGAAACAUCCUUUCCACAUCUACUCUGUCCAGGCCUUUCAACAGUCAAAAGGUUUCAAAGAGAUUCCCCCUCAUCCUUCUGAAUUCCAGUGAAUAUAGACCCAGAGCCAUCAAAAGUUCCUCGUAUGUUAACCCUUUCAUUCCUGGAAUCAUCCUUGUGAACCUCCUCUGGACCCUCUCCAAUGUCAGCACACCUUUUCUAAGAUGAGGAGCCCAAAACUGUUCACAAUACUCAAGGUGAGGCCUCACCAGUGCCUUAUAAAGCCUCAGCAUCACAUCUCUCCUGUUGUAUUCUAGAUCUCUUGAAAUGAAUGCUAGCAUGGCAUUUGCCUUCCUCACCACCGACUCAACCUGCAAGUUAACCUUCAGGGUGUUCUGCACAAGGACUCCCAAGUCCCUCUGCAUCUCAGAUUCCUGGAUUUUCUCCCCAUUUAGAACAUAGUCCACACAUUUAUUUCUACUACCAAAGUGCAUGACCAUGCUUCAAUUAUAAUAGAAGAACAUUGCAACUUGCCUCAAUGACAAUUACCCAGUAGCACUUCCAUCCAUAGUGAUGUAAAGCUUUGAGAGGUUGGUGAUGAAACAUAUCAUCAACUUCUGUCUGGCAAGUGAUUUGGAUCCAUUCCAAUUUGGCUACAGUCACAACAACUCAACAGUAGAUGCCAUCUCAUUGGCACUUCACUCAAUCAUGAAGCUUCUGGAUACUCUUCACUGAUUACAGCUUGACAUUCAAUAUGAUCAUCCAAUACAAUCAUCCCCUCAAAACAUAUCAAUGAGCUUCAAGGCCUUGGUCCAAAUACCUCUUCUUGCAACUAGAUCCUCCAUUUCCUCUCUUGCAGAUCCCAAUCUGUUUGGAUUGGCCACAGCAUCUCCUUCACAAUCUCACUCAGCACAGAUACACUACAAGUAUGUGUGUUUAGCCCCCGACUCUACUCACUUUAUACUUACGACUGUGAGGCUAAGCACAGCUCCAAUGCCAUAUUUAAGUUUGCCACAAUACCACUAUUGUCCAAACCAAAGACGGCGAUGAAUCAGCAUUUAGAAGGGAGAUUGAAAAUAUGGCUGAGUGGUGCUCCAACAAGAAACUCUCACUCAAAGUCAGAAAGACCGAGGAGAUGAUUAUUGAUGUCAGGAGGAGGAAAAUUGGAGGUCCAUGAGCCAAUCCUCAUGGGGGGGGGGGGUGUUCCGCAAUUUUAAAUUGUUUGGUAUUAUCACUUCAGAGGAUCUGUCAUUAGUAAGCAUAAUACUACAUAUUACGAAGAAAGUAUGGCAACACCUUUACUUUCUUAGAAGUUUGCAAAGAUUCAGCAUGUCAUCUAAAACUUCUAUAGAUGUAUGGCAGGGAGCAUAUUAACUGGUUGCGUGUUGCCUGGUAUGGAAACGCCAAUGCCGUUGUACAGAAAAGCCUACAAGAAGUGGUGUAUAAGGCCUAGUCUAUCACAGGUAACACCUAUAUGCAGUGCUGUCACAGAAAACAACAUCCAUCAUCAGGAACCCCACAUUCAAGGAUAUGCUUUAUUCUCACUGCUGCCAAGAAGGUACAGGAGCCUCAGGACCCAUACCACCAUUUUAAGGAACAGUUAUUAGCCCUCAACCAUCAGGCUCUUGAACCAGAGGAGAUACUUCACUUAACUGCACUCCCGUUUGCACAGACUGUUCCCCAAUCUUUGGACACACUGUUUUUUAACUCUUCAUCUCAUGUUCUUGAUAUUACUUAUUUAUUAUUAAUUUAUUGUUAAUUUUUUUCUUUCCUUUUGUAUUUGCAGUUUGAUAGGAUUGAUUUUUUUUUUGCUCGUUGGUUGUUAUCCAUCAUGUUGGGAGCAGUUUUUCAUUGGUUCUAUUUUGUUUUUUGUAUUUACUGUAAUUACCUGAAAGAGUUCUUGGGGUUGUAUAUAGUGACAUGUACAUUCUUUGUUAAUAAGUUUACUUUGAACUUUGGAGUCUCGCAAAGGAAGGAGCAGAUAAAUUGGCAAAAAUUUGAAAGAAGUUUGAGAAAGGCUGGAUGCAUUACAGUUGGAUAAAUUAUCUGGUUUUGAUCUCUCUUAGAAGUAUUCCCUCUAUCCAUUCUUAACAAGAUUUGAUACUUGUACCAGCUUGCCUUAAUCUUGCUUUCCCCGCAGUUUGCAACACAGCACAACUUUGCAUCUUGUGUAUGUUUAGAAAUUGAAACCUUUUGCUUAUGGCAUUGUAUCAAACCCUGGGGACACCUCUCUAGUUUGAAGAACAACUUUUUACUAAUUUUCUAUCUAUUCAGCUUCAGUCUCUGUUAUUCCUUGGUCACAUAUCUUGAUGUUAAAGCUAUAUCAUGGAUUAUAUAACUCUGUGGUCACUUUAGUAGGUAUAGGAUUAGAACCCAGUGUGGUCUUUUACCCAACCACUUCAAGGUUCAAUGUGUUGUGCAUUCAGAGACGCUUUUCUGCACACCAAUGUUGUAACGUGUGGAUAUUCCAGUGAGGGUCACCUUCCUUCUCAGCUUGAACCAGUCUGGCCAUUCUCUUCUGAUCUCUCUGAUUAACAAGCUGUUUUUGUCAGCACAACUACCACUCACUGGAUGUUUUCUCGUUUUUCACACACUCCAGUUUCUCUGCAAACUCCAGAGACUGUUGUGCGUGAAAAUCUCAGGAAAUCAGCAGCUUUUGAGAUGCACAACCCACUGCUUCCGGCACCAACAAUCAUUCAAUGGGAAAAGUCACUUAGAUCACAUUUUUUUCCAUUCUGGUAUUUGGUCCAAAUGACACUGAACCCCUUGACCCAAGCUUUUAUGCAUUGAAUUACAGCUACAUGAUUGGUUGAUUAAAUAUUUGCAUUAAUGCAGGUGUACUGUGCAAAAGUCAUAAGCACCCUAGAUUUUUUAUGUGGUUUCAGAUGGUAUGGCCUUCACAAAACUCUGAUCUCAACAUCAUUGAAGCUGGGAUUACCUGGAGAGACAGAUGCAGGUGAGACAGCCAAAGUCUGCAGAAGAACUGUGGCAAGGUCUCCAAGAUGCUUGGAGCAACUUACCAGCUGAUUUUCUUAUAAAACUGCACCAUAGUGUACCAAAGUGAAUUUAUGCAGUUUUAAAGGCAAAGGGUUGUCACACCAAAUAUCGAUUUGAUUUGGUGCCUUUUACUGUUUACUGCUCUUAAUAGUAGAUAUUUUGCUACUUAGAAACUUGUCAUUUCAUUGUUUUUGAAAGCACAUCCACUUUACAGUACUGUUUUACAUAUGCUUACAACUUUUGCACAGUACUGUACCUAAUAAAGUGGCCACUGAGCAUAUAUAGAAAGAAACUACUCCUUUUGGUGAACUGAGGAACUGGGGACACAGAAGAAAGGUAAAGAGAAUAAAAAGCAAAAGUGAUAUGAAGAUUUUGUUAUUAACUUGCUUUAGGAAAUUCACUCAUGCGCAUUACACUUACCUCAUUGACUUUCAUCAAAUAGAUUUUCCCCAUUCAGUCCAUUCUUAGGCAAAUUCUAGAAUAGUUCUGCUUUAUAUUCCUUCCUGCACAACUGUUCUGUAAUUAUUAGGUUGGAUCUGCUGACGUUGGAGAGUGCAUGAGAGUGAUAACGAGAAUGAAAGGGUUAACAUUUGAGGGGCGCUUGAUGGCUCGGGGCACAGGGUCAGAAUACAAGGAUGUCCCUUUAGAACAGAGGUGAAGAGAUAUUUCUUUAGCCAGAGGGUGCUGAAUCUAGAAUUCCUUGCCACAGACAGCUGUGGAGGCCAGGUCAUUGGGAAUACUUAAAGCAGAGGUUCUUGAUUAGUAAGGUCAUCUAAGGUUACAUGGAGAAAGGGAGAUUAUAAAUCAGCCAUGGUGAAAUAGCAGUGCCCACUCGAUGGGUUGAUUGGCAUAAUUCUGCUCCUAUGUCUUGUUGUCAUAUUGCUAUGCCUCUUUUUUUUAAACAAGAAUGUAACAGCAGUUUUCCAGUCCUCAAUAUUCUCCUCAGAUAGUUGGAAAAUUUUGUCGAGGCUCUUUGCAAUGACUCUUCCUGUCCAAAUAUAAUAAUUUACUUCUUUUGGUCCGAGGUUCGCUGGCAUGUGAAACCCUGGUAAAUCUCAACAACACUGGGAUCUCUGAAACCCAUACCCCAGUGGGGGCCACUGCCUAAGCGUCUGUACCCUCGUGUGACUCAAGAUUUGUAGAGUGUACUUUACAGUGUUUGUGUUUGGGCAUAUUCUGAAUUUAGGGUUUAUAGCAAAAUACUAACUUCAGCAGCUAUCUUCAGUCACCAAUCUUCAAACCCGAACGUGGACUGUAAAUUAAAUUUAAAAUGCAGCUGUGGACAAUAGGUUCCUAGAUCUGUGAACAGCAGUUAAUUAGGAAAAAAACAGACAAUGUUGAUUAACAUUGUCUAUAGUGUGGGUGCAAAGAAGGGUGUGAAAGUUGCAUGUAAUUCAAAGGAAGCAUUGUAAAUCAUUGUAAAUAUAGAACUGUUCUUUGACUUUUAGCAUACAAAAUAUCAGGUAAUGUUGGGUCGAGCAGGCCUCUUCCUCAGAAAGGGUCACAAUAUGAUACCUGCUGCUUGUUUUUGUUAAAUAAACCUCUUCUGUUUUACUA